AUGUCGAAGCUAAUUGUUGUUUUUGGUGUCACAGGCACACAGGGAUCGUCUGUAGCCGAAACAUUCCUGAGGCUUCCCGGCUGGCGCGUUCGCGGCACCUCACGAAACCCACAAAGCGAAACCGCCCAGGCCAUGGCGGCCAAGGGCGUCGAGGUGGUCCAGGCCGACUUCAACAACCAAGCGACGCUGGCGCCGGCCCUCGAGGGCGCGGCCGUGAUCUUCUGCAACACGGACUUCUUCGUCAACAUGCUGGACGCGCUCAAGCCGGGAGCGGCCCCCUUGCCCGCGGGCUGCCGCAGCGUCAACGAGCACGCCUACCACGUCGAGGUGGCGCAGAACGUGGCCGUGGCCGAGGCGGCCGCCACGUCUCCGUCCGUCAUGGCGACACUGGAGCGCUUUGUGCUCUCGUCGCUGAGCCACGCGUCCCGCUGGAGCAAGGGAGAAAUCACGUCCCUCUGGCACUACGACUCCAAGGCCGAGGUCGAACGCGUCAUUCGCGAGCGCUUCCCCGACCUGGCCGCGCGCAUGUCCACGGUGCAGAUUGGCCACUAUGUCGAGAACUGGCGGGCCCUGGCCCUCAUGGCGCCCCAGCGGCAGGACGAUGGGUCGUUUGCCGUGCUCCGGCCGCAUGCGCCCAACGUCGAUAUUCCCUUUGUCGUGGCCCGUCGGGACACGGGCGCCUUUGUCAAGGCGCUCGUGGACGCGCCGGCGGGAACGGAUCUGUUGGGCGCCUCGGAGAUCAUGACGUGGCCGAAAUGGUUGGAGCUCUGGGGCCGCAUCAAUGGUGUAAAGGCAAGUUUCAAGCAAGUACCCCAGGCAGACUUUUUCCAGUCUGUCCCAGAGCCGUUUUCCACUGAGCUGUGGGAUUCGCAUGCGUACUUUGAAAAGUUUGGACAUACUGGCGGUGAUCCAAAGGUUGUGACGCCGGAACAGCUCGGCAUUACUAAAACCUUGACGACAAUGGAGGAGUAUAUUCGAAGCGAAGACUGGUCAUCCGUGCUCGAGUCUUAG